AUGAAGGACUUGAUUGGGGGGAAAAGCUUUAAUGUGCCAAUCAAAUUAGCCUACAAUGGAAUUGCUACUUCUACAAAUUCUCUUGCUGAUACUGGAGCAAAUGGAGCGAAUUUUAUUGAUACCCAAUAUGCCAUAGAAUUGGCAAGAUUCUUUGAUAGGAAGUUUCAAGAACUCCCAUUCAAAUGCCGCAUGAAGGGAUACAAUGGCGCCCCCGGCGGGGUGAUAGACCGCACAUUGACCCUAAACCUCUGGGUGGAUGGCCGGAGAUUUCAGAAUGUCCCUCUGCUGGUAACAGACCUAGGCCAGCACCCUGUCAUCCUGGGACGGAAGUGGUUGGCAGCACAGGAUAUAUGGCUUGAUGUUAAAAACCAACGCCUGGUUUGGCCGAGUGAACGGUCUAUCCCUGAACAGGUGGCGGAGCCGAUGUUGAAGAUAGUACCCUGGUCAGUACUGAAGCGCCCAGACCCCAAGCCUGAGCAUCAGGCGGAUGUGGAAUGA